AUGGAAAUAGCCGAAACUUCAGUAACUGCUAAUUUCACCACUAGUUCCGAAACAGAAGACGAAGAACAGUCUCGACCUAAACGCUCUAGACCAGCUGUACCGCUUCCCUGCGCCAGUUCAAGAACUCAUGGUGCACUCCAUUUGCCGUCGGAUGGAGAAGUUCAAAACAGAGCAACGGGAAUAUUCCCACAAAAUACUCAAGAAGUGUUAAAAAAGAUUGCUGAAAUUCAAGAGGAAAUAUUGUCUUAUGGAGUUGAUCAGGCUUUAAUAGAUUAUUUAAAGAAAACGAGAGCUCCAAAACCGAUGGAAUUAAAGAGAAAUAAAAAAGAUGAUCAAACUGGUAUUUUAAUUCAAAGUCCAAAUAAUGAUACCAAAGAGGAUCAAGAUUUUGAGAUUCAGAGUAUAAACGAUAACAUACACCGUCUUGAUAAAUUUUCUGGUAUAGAUAUUGAGAAUAGUAACUUUAAAAACGCUGCUCUUGAUCCGUUUAACCUUAACAACACCUCUGAGGAAAAUUAUAACAAACAAAAUGAUUGGUCAAAAUACCAGCAUUCUACUCUUAUCCUAAAAACUCCUAAGAGUCUUAGCAGUUAUUGUAUUGAUAUUAUUAACACUUUGUUGUGCAACACUGUGCAUAAAGUGACAUGA